UCAGAAAUCACCAAGAUGUAUAGCAUCGUAGUACUUCUGGCGUUCGCUUCUAGCGCUAUUUGCUUCAACCCUGAGAUUGACGAGAAGUUCCGGACACUUCCUCAUGACGAAUUUAUUAAAUACUUCAACAGUCAAAAUUUUACUUGGAAAAUCCAGAAGAACAAUGCCCUCGAUGAUAAAAUGAUUGAUUGUGUUGAGGUAAGAAAUGUUUCCCUCCCAGUGAAACCAAAUGUAAUCGAGACAUUUAAGUAUUUCCCGAAAAAUUAUGAUGCCCAAAAAAUGUGGUCUCACUGCUUUCUGGAACUCAUUGAUCCAAUUCAUAAUGGGUGUGCCUCAUGUUGGGCUAAUACCGUUGCUAACGUAGCCUCUAGUAGGACAUGUGUUAGAAAAUCUUAUGGUGAAGGCCGAUUCCUAUCAGCUACGGACUUCACUUGCUGUAAGGAUUGCUUCAGCAAAAACUACUGUAGUGGAGGUUCCCCUGAACGUGCAGCAUUGUUCUGGUUAAAAAAUGGACUGGUUACCACAAUUUGCAAACCGUAUGAUGAAAAGGUAAAUGACACAACAUGUAAACAAGAAUGUAUAGACGAGGACGUAUUUUACAAUGCAGAGAAAUACUUUGCCCAGCAAGUGUAUAUAAUGCCGGCUGAUGAUUAUCAGAUUAGAUUUGAAUUGUUUAUUCAUGGUCCCUUGGUGGCUACCUUCGCUGUAUACGAAGAUUUGAAAGAUUACAAGAGUGGUAUUUACGAACAUACUCACGGAAAGUUAAUUGGACAUCAUAGCGUCCAAGUGACCGGUUAUGGAGUGGAGAACGACGUUCCAUACUGGAUAGUUUCCACUGGCGCACAAUGGGGUGAUGUAAGAGUAAUGAAAAUUAAACGUUUCCAAGAUAAAUUAGGUUUCGAGAAUCAAAUGAUUUCUAUGAUACCCAGGUUUCAUUAAUACGUUGAUUUUAUUGAUGUAAUUAUCAUAACAUGAUUGUGGUUUAUUAAAGAAUUGUAACCGGCAUGA